UACAAGUACUCUUUGUUUGGUGUAUGGAAAACUGUUGAGUCACCUGACCAAUUGAUCGAAUAAAAUUGACGAAUGAUUGCGAACAACGUUGAAUUUGUGGUUACCAAAAGUGUGUCUCUUGGUGAAUAAAACUUUGAACUAAAUCAAGAGAAAAAAAUGUAUAGUAGAAGGUAACGUUUGGAGAAGAUUAAGCUAUGGCCAAUAGAAAAGACAAAUCGUCUGCAGGUUUUCUGGACACAUGGUUCGGUCGACCAAAAAAAUCCGGGCGUGGAGGUGGGGUCAGAAGUGGUUCGGGAAACAACACGAUACCCCGGCCCCAUUCCGGCGAUGAUUUCAACGAGAUCGAACAGCAACGUUGUAUCAUCGAGAGGAUGGACAAGGAGAUGGUGAACGAGAAAUUCGAGGAGAUGUUGGCCAAUAUGAACCUGACCGAGGAGAAGAAGGAGCCGUUGAGACAGCAGUCGGAAGCGAAGAAGAAAGAAAUGCUGGUUUUGCAUUACAAAGGUAGCAUACAGGAAAAUAGGUCAAAGUUCGAUAAACCAGCGGAUUACAUCCAAUAUUUGGCGCAACCGGACUUGAGCGUGAACAAAAUCUACAACUGCAUCGAGUCGCUGAGAAUAGCGUUGACGAACAAUCCUCUGAGCUGGGUUCAAGAAUUCGGCACGAAGGGAUUGAAACAGGUUUUAGCCACGCUGAACGAGUGCUAUCGGAAUGCCUUCAUAUAUUACGAUAGCGACAACCGAUACGAGCGUAUACAGUACGAAUGCAUCCGAUGUUUGAAGGCUAUUAUGAACAACACCGUUGGCAUAAAGGAGAUGUUGGCUCAUCACGAAGCGCUCACGAUCGUAGCUAGAUCCUUGGAGCCGACUAAACCGUCCGUCAUGUCCGAGGCUGUGAAACUGCUCGGUGCGGUUUGCCUUAUUUCCAGCGACAGUCACAAAAAAGUUCUGGACGCGAUUACCAUGAACGGGGAGUUCAAGGGGAGAGAAAGAUUUUUACCGAUCGUACAGGGCCUGAUGAAUAAAAAGAACGAAAACCUAAGGGUGGAAUGCCUUCAACUCAUCAAUUCCAUAAUAUCUUCGGCCGAGGAAUUGGACUUUAGGUUGCAUCUGCGAAACGAAAUAAUGCGGGUUGGCCUUGCCGAUAUUUUAGAGACUUUAGAGAAAGACGAGUCCGAGGAUCUGGCCAGACAUCUCAAGAUCUUCAGCGAUCACAAAGAGGAGGACUACGAAGAGUUCGUGCAGAGGUUCGACCACGUCCGGUUGGAACUGGACGACGUGAACGAUUGUUUCGAAGUGAUUAAAAAUAUGGUGAUGGAAACGUCCGCCGAGCCGUACUUUUUAUCCAUACUUCAACACCUUCUGUUCGUCAGAGACGACGCUUUAGUGAGGCCGGCCUAUUAUAAACUGAUCGAGGAAUGCGUGUCGCAAAUAGUGUUGCACCGUUCUGGCUGUGAUCCGGAUUUCAGCGCGACCAAGCGCUUCCAAAUCGACGUACAACCACUGAUAGACACGUUGGUAGAGAAGUCACGGGCGGAGGAAGAGAGGCGAUUGGUCGAGGUGUCGCAAAAAUUGGAAGAGGCUAUAGCCAGCAAACAGGAAGCGGAAGCGAAGCUUCAGCACGCGGAAAAUAAAAUAAGGGAAUUGGAACAGGGAGGUGCGAGAUCGGGCUCGAGUGGAAACUCUAAGAUUGGAACGAAUCCGCCGCCACCACCACCGCCGCCUCUGGCCGGAAUGGGCGGACCUCCGCCACCUCCUCCACCGCCGUUCCCGAACGCUUUCGGGCCAGGAGCGGGAAGGGGAGCACCGCCACCGCCGCCGCCACCUCUGCCAGGUUUCGGUGGUCCGCCACCUCCGCCGCCGCUGCCUGGAUCCGCGGGACCACCACCACCGCCUAUGCCUGGCAUGCACGCGGGACCGAUUCCACCACCGAUGCCGGGAAUGGGUCCGAUACCUCCGCCGAUGAUGCCUGGCGUCCUCCCGAUAACCGCGCAACCCUUACCUUACGGGCUAAAACCGAAGAAAAAGUGGGAGGUCGACGCGCCGUUGAAAAGAGCGAACUGGAAGGCGAUUAUGCCGCACAAGCUUACGGAAAAAUCAUUCUGGACAAAAGUGCAAGAGGACAGGCUAGCGAGUCCCGAGAUACUGGACGGUUUGGCCGAGAAGUUUGCCUCGAAACCAAGUGGGAAGAAGAUCGACGAUGUCGUUGACAAGUCAGCUCCGUCGAAGAAGGUGAAAGAUCUGAAGGUUCUGGAUGGCAAAGCCGCGCAAAACAUCUUGAUACUUCUGAACGGUACACUGAAGCACGUGUCGUACGAAGAAGUAAAGUCUUGUCUGCUGAAGUGCAAGGGACCCGUUGUCUCGGACAAUAUACUUCAGGGAUUGAUACAGUAUUUACCGCCACCCGAUCAACUGUCGAAGCUGCAACUUUACAAGAAUCAGUAUGACGAUUUGACGGAAGCCGAACAGUUUUGCAUCACCAUAUCGACGAUCAAGAGGUUGUUGCCGAGAUUGAGGUCGUUGAGCUUCAUGCUUCGAUACGAAGAAUUGGUGCAAGACGUGAAGCCGGACAUAGUGGCGGGCACAGCAGCUUGCGAGGAAGUGAAAGGCAGCAAAAAGUUUGCCAGAAUUCUCGAACUGAUUCUGUUGCUUGGCAAUUACAUGAAUUCUGGAUCGAAGAACGGUCAAGCUUUCGGAUUCGAGAUCAGUUUUCUUACCAAGUUGACCAGCACCAAGGAUAUCGAUAACAGACAGACUUUGAUGCACUACUUGGUAGACACGAUAGAACGUAAGUUUCCAGACUGUCUCAACUUCCCGGAAGAACUGGCGCACGUGGACAGAGCGAGCCGAGUUUCCUUGGAGAACGUUCAGAGAACGUUGCGACAAAUGGAUUCGAACAUUCGAAACCUCGAGCAAGAUUUGUCGAACGCGAAAAUUCCCCAAUCGGACGAGGACUUGUUCCAGAAUGUGAUGGGUCCGUUCGCUAAGAAUGCCCGAGAAUCUUACGAAGUCCUGCAGAACAUGUUCAAAAACAUGGAUGGCUUGUACACCGAAAUCUCCGAAUUCUUCUCGUUCGACAAGCAAAAGUACACGAUAGAGGAGUUCUUCGGCGAUAUAAAAACGUUCAAGGAUGAUUUCGUACAAGCUCAGAGGGAAAUAAUAAAACUGAGGGAAAGCGAAGAGAAGCAGAGAAGAGCGAGGGAGGCGCGCGAAAAAGCAGAGGCGGAGAAAGCGGCACGGGCGGCGCGGAAGCGAGCGCUCGUCGAUAUGAACGCGCACGAAACGCAGGAAGGCGUCAUGGAUAGCUUAAUGGAGGCUCUGCAAACUGGUUCGGCGUUCAGUCGACCGGAUCAACGACGCAAACGCCAAGCACGCGCCGCUGGUGCAGAAAGAAGAGCUCAGCUUAAUCGAAGUCGAUCGCGUACAGGAUUAGUCGGGACUGGUUUACUGGGAAGAGAACUUUCGACAGAACUUUUAAGCUCGGCAUAAUCCAUGGAAUAGCCUGUUUCCGUCCUAAACUUGAAACUGUGAUGGAUCGAAUCUUUAUUUUAUCGAUAAUCGAUAGAACCGGUGAAAGAGAGAAAGAGAGAAAGAUCGAAAAUGCCGAGAAGCAUCGCGAACCUUCGUCGAUGGUUUUGUCGGGGAAGGAAAUGUCUGGAGUUAACUACUUUGGUAGAAUACAUAGACAUAUGUAUAUGUAUACAUACGACGUUGAACGCGUUAACGACGUGGAAAGAGGAAAAGUGUUGAAAAAUAGUUUACUACUUUCUUGUACAUUUUCUACAAAAUCUCGAUCGAUUUUCUAUUUUCAAACUGAUUUUGUCGAUAUUUCGACGACACACGUCUAGAUUUUUUAAUUAGAAACGUAGAGCUGGUGGUAGAGCGAAAAGGAGAUACAUAGGUGUAUGGCUUCGUUCCAUAGACCAGGUUCGCAGACUGAUGUUUGAAUGCACGGUGAUGACGCGCGUUUCAUCGCGUGAAUACGAUCGAGUUUCUGUCUUGCUGAUCGCUUUUGCCUUGUUCGCGAAACCUUUUAAAACCGUGCCAAAUCAACGAACCGCCGAGCAGAAAGAAGCAGCGUUGGUUCGCGCGGAAAACUGUCCGCGGAAUAGAGCCGGAGAGAGAAGUUGCAACAAAGAAAUUCCAGACCGUGGGGGUCACGUAAACGCUACCAGAGACCAAUUUAUUUUUCGAAUCUCGAACUCGACAAUUGUUUAUACUGUAUCUACUAACGUCGGAUCCUAAGACAAUUUGUAUCUAUAUUGUGAAUAUGUGAAUUUAGAUA